AUGCCUUUCGAUCUCGACACACCAUGGAAUCGCCUUUUUGCCUUCGCUGCCUUCUACGUCAUCGAGGGUAUACCGCAGGGCUUUACUGAGACCUUCCUGCCAUAUCACUUCUGGGACUCGCGUCCCUGGGCCUACAAAUGGCUCCUGGCUCCCCUAAUCGACAUCUUCUGGACCCGAAGGCGCUGGUUGUUCACCACGCAGGCAGUGAUGAUCCUCUCACUGCUGGGCUUGCUGGUGCUGACGGACCUCCAGGGCAGUUUCGCGGAGGUCCUUGGGACGGUCUUUGUGCACAACGUCUUCUCAGCCACGCAGGACCUAGCGAUCGAUGCCAUCGCAGUGGGAAGCCUUCCCCUGGCCGAGGGUGCCUCUGCAAAUGGGGCGAUGUUUGCAGCCCAAGAGUUCGGCAACAUGCUGGGAGGAGCUGUGGCGCUCGCCGUAUCUUCGCAGUCGAGCUACCAAGGCGGAUGCCUCUUCGUUGUCGGCUUGUUGGCGUUGGCAUUCUUUGGCAUAACUUGCCGCUUGCACCCUACCGUUGGAGUUCAGGCACGGCGCCCCGACACUGCCAGUCAGCAGUUGUUGGCUUAUGUCAGGAGCCUCCGAGAAUCCUGUGUUGGACCAGAGGCCAUCCAUUUCUGGCUUGGAAUGGCUUUUGCACUGUUCCCGAGUGGGACAUUACUGCUCAGAGGGCCGCACUGCAAGAGUUGGAUGGUGAUGCAUUCUCUUGAUGACGAUUCGGUUGCGUGGGUGGAGUUCGCAGGGAAAACCGUGACAAUCUGCACGAUGCUGGCGGGAGGCUUCAUGAGUUCCGGCUCCAACCGAAAAAAGUGGGUGGCCAUGUCCUACGUCAGCACCAUGUGCAUCAGCAGCUUCGUGGCUUGGCUGUCGUGGACUGGCGGGAAGUUCUCAUUCGAGACGUGGCUGGGCAUCAAGGUGGCGUUUCACUUCGUCCACGGCUUCCACAUCGGACCGCAGAUGGCGCUGUUCCAGCAGCUCUGCCGGCCUUCCGUGGCGGCCACGCAGUUUACGAUCUUCUGCUGCCUCUGCAACAACGCGGACAGUUGGGGCAAGAGAUUUCAAGGCGCCUGGAUUGAAUCUGAUGGAUAUGCUCGAACACUUCUCUGGGAGGUUCCUUUCGUGCUGACCCCACUGGCCAUCCUACCUUUCAUCGAGCCAGAGAACCUGCACACCGAUUGA